GGUGUUUCCGGUUUGUAGAUCAACAUUUUCCAAGUAUUUAUUGUCAUCGCUUCUUUCUUCAUAUUAAGCACAAUUUCCAGUCAAAAGUUUAUAAAAGGGGUUAUUUGUUUAAUCUAAAAAAAGACUUCAAAUAUGGGAAAAGAAAAGGGAGGAUUCCUGUCACCAAAGGCAAUUGCUAACCGAAUAAAAUCAAAAGGUUUACAGAAAUUAAGAUGGUACUGCCAGAUGUGUCAGAAACAGUGUAGAGAUGAGAAUGGGUUCAAGUGUCACACAAUGUCUGAAUCACACCAGCGUCAGUUGCUGUUAUUUGCUGAAAGUCCAGAUAAAUAUAUAGAUUCAUUUUCAGAAGACUUUCUAAAUGACUAUGUGGAGUUAUUGAAGAGACGAUUUGGUAAAAAGAGAGUAAAUUGUAAUAUUGUAUAUCAAGAGUAUAUAGCAUUCAAAGAACAUACACAUAUGAACAGUACACAGUGGGAAACACUAACAGAAUUUGUCAAAUGGCUUGGACGAGAAGGACAUUGUGUGGUUGAUGAAACAGAGAAAGGUUGGUUUGUACAGUAUAUUGAUAGAGAUCCAGAGGCAAUAAAGAAACAAGAACAGAUUAAAGCCAAAGAAAAGAUGGAGCUUGAUGAUGAGGAGAGAGCUGCCAAGUUUAUACGUGAUCAGAUAGAAAGGGCAUCAGCACAGGGUCAGGAAGUUAAACAAACAGAAUUUACAGACCUGAAGAGGGAGAAUGAAGACGAAAAAGUGACCAUUAGUCUGGGAGGACUAAGUAAAAAGAAAGAAACAGACACAGUUGCCAGUUCAAGUAAAGACAAUCCACUAAAGAAGCCACCAGUUUCCUCAAUAGAAAAUCCUUUCAAAAAGCCAUCUGGUUCUGGAGUAACAAGUAAGAAGACAGAGAAAGCUGGACAGAAAAGAAAAUCAGCAUUAGAUGAAAUAAUGGAAUUUGAAGAAAAGAAGAAAGAAAAAUUAAACAGGAAAGACUACUGGUUACAUGAAGGAAUAAUGGUAAAAAUUGUUACUAAAAAACUUGGAGAGAAGUAUUACAAGAAGAAAGCUGUAGUCAAGGAAGUAGUUGAUUUAUAUAGAGCAGUUAUUAAGUUAAUUGACAGUGGAGAUAAAAUGAAAGUUGACCAAUCACAUCUAGAGACCGUCAUACCUGCGCAAGGUAAAAAAGUUCUCAUAGUAAAUGGAGCAUAUAGAGGAGAAGGUGCAAUUCUUGAAACAAUUGAUGAGAAGAAAUUUUCUUGUUCUGUCAGCAUAGCAACAGGUCCAUUAAAAGGCAGAUUAAUAGAAGGUAUAGAAUAUGAAGAUUUAAGUAAAAUAUAUCAGCCAUGACAGGAUUACACCUAAUUCAAACCAAUUAAGAUAUCUGUGAUAACAAAAACUCAUUAGCAUAUGAGUAAAUGGAUCUUUAUCCCUGUAAUAAAUAUUGAUCUAUAAUUAAGCUGUGUAGACAGAAAUGUGAGUGUAAAAGAGAAAGUUUCCUUGAAACAACAGAUGGUACAGAGAUUAAAUCCUUGUAGCAAUAAACAAGAGAUUUUCUUAUACUUUCAUCAUUUAUUGAGAACAGUGAACUCAGGUUGUUGAUUGCAUUUUUGAAUAUAUUUCUUUUAACAGAAUAUUUUCCAAAUGAGCAUGGCACUACAUGACAAUUUUUGUUUUUGUAUAAGAAAUUUUUGGAAGAAAACUCAGCAUUGUAAAUAUUGAUUUUUUAAGUGUGAUAUAUGAUAAUUAGUAAAAUACUGUAUAUUGAUUAUGAAAUGUUAUUAUUUAUUAUGUCAAUUCUUACCAACAAGAACUCAUACCUAAAAGGGAAGUAUUUAGUUCAGAAUUGAGUUCCUGUAAGAAUAGCAGUGAGUUGUGACACAGUACAUGAACACAAUGCUUGUUAUUUUUAUCAGGAUAAGAGUGAAUCUUUUAUGCCUGAAAUCACAAUUAAUGUCUUGUCACAUUUUUUUUAAAAAAGGUUUACCUGUAUUAUAGGGAAGUAUGAUAUAUCCAGGAUACUUUAUGUUAGGAAAUAUGGAAUUUAGUUUUAAGAUUAACAUAAUAUUAUUUAAACAUUAUCAGUAAUUCAUGAUAAUCAGGUAGUUUUUAUAAAAAUAACUAAUUUUGUUUUUAA